GGGAAAAAAGGCACACUCGCGCUCGCAUGCUGUCUUAGCUGCAGCCCGAGAGCGUCUCUUUUCCGGAAGGAGACGGGACAGUGAUAUUGUCUGAAGCACAUCUCUCACCCUCAGCACUAGCUGACCACCAGCCAAAGAGAUGGAUGAAAAAGAAAAGAAACACCAUCGCAAGAAACACAGUGGACCCAAAGCUGAUAAGAAAAAGAAGCGCUAUUUGAAAGACCUCGGCCUGGAAGAUGAGGAAGAUGCCCGGAAGAGAAACCCGAAGGCCUUUGCAGUCCAGUCUGCAGUGCGGAUGGCCAGAACAUUCCACAGGACUCAGGAUCUGAAGACAAAGAAGCAUCAUAUUCCCGUGGUAGAUCGCACUCCCUUGGAGCCACCACCGGUGGUAGUCGUGGUGGUUGGUCCUCCGAAAGUGGGGAAGAGCACCUUGAUAAAAUGUCUCAUUAAGAAUUUCACCAGGCAGAAGUUGGUUGAAAUUCGGGGGCCCGUCACAAUUGUGUCAGGUAAAAAGCGUAGGCUAACCAUAAUUGAGUGUGGAUGUGAUAUUAAUACCAUGAUUGACCUGGCUAAAGUUGCUGAUCUGGUGUUGAUGCUUAUCGAUGCCAGUUUUGGAUUUGAAAUGGAAACCUUUGAGUUCCUCAACAUUUGCCAGAUACACGGCUUUCCGAAAAUCAUGGGGGUGCUUACGCACUUAGAUACCUUGAAGAAUAACAAACAGCUCAAGAAGACGAAGAAAAGACUGAAACACCGAUUCUGGACGGAGGUGUAUCAGGGUGCCAAGCUGUUCUAUCUUUCUGGGAUGGUGCACGGCGAAUAUCAAAGGCAGGAAGUCCACAACUUGGGGCGCUUCAUCUCGGUGAUGAAAUUCCGUCCCCUUGCGUGGCAGACGUCUCACCCAUAUGUUCUGGCUGACAGGAUGGAAGAUCUGACAAACACAGAAGAUGUCCGGGUUAAUCCAAAGUGCGACAGGAAGAUUUCGCUUUAUGGCUACUUAAGAGGAGCACACCUGAAAAACAAAAGCCAGAUACACAUACCAGGUGUCGGGGACUUCACGGUGAGUGAUGUCGCGUUCUUGCCCGACCCCUGCGCUCUGCCUGAGCACCAAAAGAAGCGGUCCUUGAAUGAGAAGGAGAAGCUAAUCUAUGCGCCACUGUCGGGGGUCGGAGGUUUAGUGUACGACAAAGAUGCCGUUUACAUUGACUUGGGGGGGAGUCACGCCCGUCGAGAGGAAGAGGAUGAAACGAGACCAAAUCACGAACUGGUCCAGAGCCUCAUCUCUGCACACUCGACCAUUGAUGCCAAGAUGGCUUCCAGCAAAGUCUCUCUCUUCAUGGAUUCCAAGCCAAUAGGGACUGAGGAUAUUGAAAGCCAAAAGAUGUUCAGCGUGCCUAAAGAAGAGAAGAAAAUGGACACGCUCACUGGGCGGAUGCGUCGGAAAGCAGUGUUUGAAGAUGAAGAGGAGGAAGAUGAGGAAAGCGAGGAGGAGGAAGAGGAAGAGGAGGAAAGAAUGUCUAUGGAUGAGGAAGAGGAGGAAGUGCAUGAAGAACCAGGCGGUCAAGAUCUCCCAGAACAGGACCUGGUUGAGAGAACUUGCAAACCUCUUAAAAAAGAGACGGGACAAAUGACUACGGGAGAGCUGCCCGCUUUUGCCGACAGUGACGAUGAUCUGGAGCUGAGUUCUGGUGAUGAAGGAGAAGCUGUCCUGAAUGAGGGAAUGGAAGGUGCAGGUGGUGGAGGACAUGCAAGCGAGGAGGAGGAGGAGGAGAAGGCUACGGAUUCUGAAUCGACAGCCAGAAAUACAGAUCUGUCCAGCAGGCCCAGGUCCUGUGAAACCAACAAGAGCAGUGGAGAAUCAGGACACCUAAGCAAAAAGUUGGUUCCCACUACUGAUUCUGAACAUGGCGAAGCUGAAGAAGCAUCGGGAUUCGAGUCAGAAGAAUACUUCUCCUUGGAGGAGGAGGAGGAGGAGGAGGAGGAGGAGGAGGAGGAGGAGGAGGAGGAGGAGGAAGGCGGGUCAGUGGAAGACUCAGAUGCUGAAGAGUCCAGCGGAGAAGAUAUUCUGGAGUCCGAAGUGCAGAGCAUUGGAAGUAAGAACCCGGAAUCAAAGUCCAUACAAGAGGAGGAGGAUGUUGAAGGUCUGUUGAAAGGUGAAGAGGAAUAUGAAGAAGCCUGUGACUUUUCUGCUGACACAGCUGGUGCUCUCAAAUGGAAAGAAGACCUUACUCAAAAAGCAGCGGAAACGUUUCUCAGACAACAGCAGUCGGCUCCCAGUCUCCGUAAACUUAUUUAUGGGACAGUGGCUGAAGAGGAGGAGGAUGAAGGCGACACAGAAGAGCUCGGUGGCUUGUUCCACGUCAGUCGCCCCGACAAGGAAUCCAAGCGAAAAGCCGACGCCCUCGACUGCUCUAAAUUCCCAGCGGAAGCCCCCAAAGAUUGGGACUUAGAUGAGGUUAUGGACAGUAUCCGGGACUGCUUUGUGACCGGAAACUGGGAAGCCGAUAAAGAUGCAGCAACGCUGUUGAAAGACGACGAAGAGCUGUAUGGCGAUUUUGAAGACCUGGAAACGGGAACCGUACACAAAGGCAGAACGACCAAUCAAGGAGAUGAGGUGGAAAGCGAAGAGGUGAAAGCGGAUGACGAGGGAAAAAGUUGUGAGGAAGACGAGGAGAAGAAGCAGCAGCGCAUGGAUAAGAAGCGGAAACUGAAGGCGAUGUUUGAUGCUGAAUACGAUGAAGGGGAUGCCACUUACUUCGACGAUCUGAAAGGGGAGAUGCUACGACAGGCGCAGCUUAACCGGGCUGAGUUUGAAGAUCAAGACGACGCGACCAGAGUUCAGUACGAAGGCUUCCGACCCGGAAUGUAUGUCCGGGUAGAAAUUGAAAACGUUCCCUGCGAACUGGUGCUGAAUUUUGACCCCCACUAUCCGAUUAUCUUGGGUGGCCUGGGAAACACGGAAGGAAAUGUAGGGUAUGUGCAGAUGCGUCUGAAAAAGCAUCGCUGGUAUAAGAAAAUACUGAAGACUCGUGAUCCUUUGAUUCUCUCUUUGGGCUGGAGGAGGUUUCAAACCAUCCCCAUAUAUUACAUAGAGGACCACAACAGUCGCCACAGGUUGCUCAAGUAUACACCGCAGCAUAUGCAUUGUGGAGCAUCGUUUUGGGGUCCGAUCACUCCACAAGGGACGGGAUGUCUGGCCAUCCAGUCGGUCAGUGGGGCCACGCCUGAAUUCCGGAUAGCUGCUACUGGAGUCGUACUUGACUUAGACAGGUCCGUCACAGUUGUGAAGAAGUUAAAGCUGACCGGCUUCCCGUUCAAAAUUUACAAGAAUACAGCAUUUAUCAAGGGCAUGUUCAACUCUGUCCUGGAGGUGGCCAAGUUCGAAGGCGCAGCCGUCCGGACUGUGAGUGGAAUCCGUGGACAGAUCAAGAAGGCCCUGCGGGCACCCGAGGGGGCUUUCAGGGCCACUUUUGAAGACAAGCUGCUCAUGAGCGAUAUCGUCUUCGUGCGGACUUGGUACCCUGUAUCCCUCCCAGCCUUCUACAAUCCAGUUACUUCCUUGCUGAAGCCUUUGGGUGAAAAAGAUUCGUGGACUGGAAUGAAGACUUAAUUGGUCA